AUGGAUGUCCAGAGAUGUGUAGGGUCGUCGUCCAAGGAGAUAUGGCCAUGGAGCUGUGAUGUGUUUGUAUUGAAUUUCAUAACUGAGGACAAUCGCUCAUUUGUUGAAGACCUUCGCAAUGCUCUACAUACAAAUGGUGUAGUUAUGGCUUCACGAGAUUCUAUUGCUCAAGCUCCCAUGGACAAAUACAAGCUUUGUGUUUUUAUCAUCUCAAAAAAUUGUGGGGCCCAAACACGCUACUUGGAGGAAAACUUAAAGGGAUGUGUAAAUUUUCUGCCAAUCUUUUGGGAGCGGACUCCUUUCAAGAGCGAUCGGCCUCAGGUUAUUGGUAAUAUUCUUGAGAAUCAUAUUAACAACAUUUUGCGUGAAAAGCGUGCUCGGAUAUCAAGUCUAUAUGACGCAAAGAAAAUAGAUAUAUCAGGAGAAAUAGCUACAGUUGGGAUAGGACAUGAUCGUGUAGAAAAAUUAAUUGAGAUUCUGAAGUUAGGUUCAAAGGAUGAUGUGCGAGUUGUAGGGAUUAGUGGGAUGGGGGGAGUAGGGAAGACAGCUCUUGCCGGGGAUGUCUUUAACAAAAUCUCCCACCGUUUUGAUUCUGCCUAUUUCAUCUCCAUUCCCAGUAACAAAGACAUGUUAAAAGAGGCAUUUCUUCGGAUAGCUUUCCCAGAAGAAUUUGAACCUCAAUAUUCUGAAAGCCUAAGACUACUCUACAGGAUGCUUGUUGUUUUUGAUGAUGUAGAUCAUCAGGGACUUUUAGAUGAAGGAUGGAUUAGAGGUUUGUUUGGAGGAGGAAGUAGAAUUAUCAUAACAAGCAGAGAUGAGGGACUCCUUAGGUAUCUUGGAGCAGAUGAAAUUCACAAGGUGGAACUAUUGAAUCAAAAUGAAGCUCUUCGACUUUUCUCCAAAAUUGUUUUCAAAUGUUUCAGAGGGGAAAAGUGUGUGUUGACCAGGCUGCAAACGGAUCCUGACUUUUCAAUGAUCGCGGUGCUUCAAAAAAGUUUUGAUGGACUCUCAUUGGAACGGAGAAAAGCUUUCUUGGAUAUUGCAUGUUGCUUUGCAGGUCAAAAGACAGAUUACGUCAAAGGAAUUUUACGAACUGAAUAUCCUGGUCGUUAUUCUUAA